AUGGGGCGUCGAAAAAUCGAGAUUGCGAUGGUGCAGGAUGCGAACACAAGACAAGUCACGUUCUCGAAGCGUCGAACGGGUUUGUUCAAGAAAGCGAACGAGCUAUCAAUCCUGUGCGGCGCAGAAGUUGCUAUUGUUGUGUUCUCUCCCGGGAACAAACCUUACUCGUUUGGGCACCCGGGAGUUGAUGCUGUUGCGGCCCAGUAUCUUCAAAUUGAGCCCAAAUCUAAUGAGGCCCAAACCAAGGCCUCUUCUAAAAGGGCUAAAAAUAAAAAUAAUAUGGAGAAGUUGAAUCGAGAACUUGCCCAUUGGAAAGAGCAAUUGCAUGAGGAAGAAAAGAUGGGGGAUUUGCAUGAUGUGGCUAUCAAUCAAGCCAUGGGAACCCAACGCUUUGAACUUCAACAGCGCUUUGCUUCACUUCAACGGCUACGAUCGAGUGUGAGGGGUCGUAUCGAUGAGAUUGAAGCAGCCGAAUCUUUGAUACAAUUAUCGGAGAAACCGGCGAAGAAAGCAAAAAAUCGUGUCCUUAGAAAGAGAGAAAAAAAUUGA